CCAAUAACUUUUAUAGAAUUCAGUCAACGGCUGACCGCGAUCGCAAAAACAACGCGUUAAGAGUUGGUGUUGGUAAAAUUUGUGCUUGGCUUAAGAACUUAUUGGCCAUAAAGUGUUAAGUUUACAAACGUACCUCCCAUUAUUUGUGCAAGUGGAAAAAAGUUAUUGUGCGCUUAAUUUCCAAGUCAAAGCAAUGUCUGUCAAAGGCGUCCUGAUGGCGCUAAUGCUGGUCAUCUUGGGCGUGGUCCUGACCAAUGCCUUUGAUCACACACUGAAGCUGGACUUCCCGGGUCCGUAUUGUGCGCGGCAGAAUACGUGUUGCAAGGAUCGACGCGACGGCUGCUCGAUGCCCAUCUCAACAACAUUGUGCUACUGUGAUGAGUUCUGCGAUCGCGAUGACUCCGGCGACUGUUGUCCGGAUUAUCGUUCGUUCUGUUUCAAUGAGCCGGAUCCGUUGUUGAGCUGUCUGCACAACGGCAUCUAUUUCCACAAGUACAACAACACGUGGGACAACUGCAAUGAGUGCCGUUGCCUGGAGGGCGGUCAGGUCCAAUGUGAUACGGAUUUGUGCCUUACCGACGAUGAGAUUGUCCACAGCAUCAAUUCCAUUCAUCAAUUGGGUUGGUCAGCACGCAAAUACGACGAGUGGUGGGGACACAAGUACAGCGAGGGUCUUCGCCUCCGACUGGGCACCAAGGAGCCCACGUAUCGUGUAAAGACCAUGACACGUCUGACCAAUCCGUCCAACGAUAUGCCUAGGCAAUUCAAUUCCGUAGAGAAGUGGUCCAGUUACAUUUCAGAGGUGCCGGAUCAGGGCUGGUGCGGCUCCUCUUGGGUGCUGUCCACCACAUCGGUGGCAUCCGAUCGCUUUGCCAUCCAGAGUCAGGGCAGGGAGGUCGUACAGCUCUCACCACAGAACAUACUCUCCUGCACACGUCGCCAGCAAGGCUGUGACGGCGGUCACCUGGAUGCCGCCUGGCGGUACCUCCACAAGAAGGGCGUGGUCGAUGAGAACUGCUAUCCCUACACUCAGCACAGGGACACCUGCAAGAUUCAGCGUCACAAUAGUCGCUCGCUGAAGGCAAAUGGAUGCCGACCCGCAUAUGGAGUCAAUCGUGAUAGCUUCUAUACAGUCGGCCCGGCGUACAGUCUCAGCGGUCAGGCGGAUAUUAUGUCGGAGAUCUAUCACUCGGGACCCGUGCAGGCCACCAUGCGUGUCUACAGGGACUUCUUCUCGUAUUCGGGUGGCAUCUAUCGCCAGACAGCUGCCAAUCGUGGUGCACCCGCCGGCUUCCACUCGGUGAAGCUUGUGGGCUGGGGAGAGGAGCAUGACGGCGUCAAGUACUGGAUUGCAGCCAACUCGUGGGGUCCUUGGUGGGGCGAGCACGGUUAUUUCCGCAUCGAGCGCGGUACCAAUGAGUGCGGCAUCGAGGAGUAUGUCCUGGCUUCCUGGCCACAUGUGUACAACUACUUUAACACGAAGUCGGCAUAAGUUGAACGGAGCAAAAACUCUCGUAAUCUCGAGCUUUGCAGUGACGAACAAUUUAUCUCAUGUUUCAAAAUUUUCCAUUUGCUCCGACACUGAAAGUGAAUUAGGCGCUUCUUCUAAUUGUAAAUUUAUGCUAGAACUUAGAUACUAAAAUGACUAGCUUUAAGUCGCGCUAAGACGACGCAAACAUUGUAAGCUGCCCCAGCUCCCGAAUUCCCCCCCACUUAACUGAAGUCCCACGCCUCCAAACGAAUUCUAAUUCUAAUUGCCUGGUUAAUCUUAUUACGAGUAUUUUAAUCAACUAAUUUACUGAAAUCGAAGUAUGGAGCUGCUAUAUCAAUUCGUAACACGAUACUGCCACAUUAACUGCACCGUCCUCCAAUCUGCCACCUUAUAUCCUAUCUCAUGUAUAACUGCCACAACAAAUUGAUAAAAUAGCAUACGAAUUCUUCUAAUGAAACUAGGAACGAAAUCCCUUGAAAAAGAAAAGUGAUCAAAGUAUGGUUUGAGACAUGUGUAGGAACGAUUAAGAUUUAUGUAUUGACGAAUUACUCCGCAUAUGCUUAUCUCCUCAUGUAUUCUAUUGUAAAUGAAAGUUAACUGAUUCAUAAACCGAUUUAAUGUUUUCGGCUUAUAAUGUAUGUAUAUUUUUAAUAAAGGAAUUGUAUUUCACGUUAA